AUGACAGCGCCUAGUCCUACAUCGGACGCGGUAUCAACAGCAACAUCGGUAGCUCUCGUUUCAUUACAACAUUGUUGCAAACACACAAUGUUGAUUUACCACCAGUGGUUGCAGCCAAUGGUCAAUGUGUCGACAAGCAAGAGGAUUGUGACGUUUUCGGCUUCAAGAUAUCUGUAUAACGUCAAGGCAACAAGAAUUCUGCAUCAUAUAGUGGUUGCUUUAGAGUCAAUUGUUCUUUUUGAACCUGCUAAUUUACCAAAAUCAAGUUUGUCAUAUCUAAAUGAGUUCCAACGAGUUCAUAUAUUUCUAUUGGAGACACUGGAUCAAGAUCUGAAAGCAUUGUCUGUGUGGCUCUACGGCAUCAAACGGAGCCUGAAGAAUUGA